ACAGAACAAUACCGACACACUCAAGUUGUCUCGUCUGCCCCGGGCGGGACCAAAAUUUUGGUUGAUCGUUUGUUGUUCGUUUUAGGCAGUGUGUGCUUUCGCUGCAAAGAGGCAGUAUUCUAGCGAUCAGAGCUCGAGCUUCGUACAUUUCGGUGCAACACACAGUGUUCUACACACGCGACAGGAUGCAAUUACCGUUGGCGAUUAGUUUAGUGUGGUUAGCCAGGAUGUCACUAGCAGUGCCGAUCAACGGCAGCAGUACGUGCAAUUGCGUGUGUGGAGUGAACGGUCGCGCGAACCGCAUUGUCGGAGGUGUCGAAGCUGAAGCGCACGAGUUUCCUUGGCUCGCAGGUCUAUUCCGGCAGGGGAAGUUGUACUGUGGAGCAUCUGUACUAACCAAAAACUACCUGAUUACUGCGGCCCACUGCGUCAACUCGUUUGAACCCAAUGAAAUUAGAGUGUAUCUCGGUGGUCAUAACAUUGCCAGAGACUACACCGAACUACGAAGGGUGAAACGUAUUAUUGACCAUCAAAACUUCGAUAUCUUCACCUUCAACAACGACAUCGCCUUACUGGAGCUGGACAAACCACUGCGAUUUGGGCCAACCAUACAACCCGCCUGUCUACCGGAUGGAACCGAACAAGACCUAAGCGGAAAACUGGGAAUCGUUGCCGGCUGGGGACGAAUCGGGGAAAAACUUCCUCCUUCGAAAACCCUACGGUCGGUGGUGGUGCCUAUCUGGACACAGCAGCAGUGCUUGGAGGCCGGAUAUGGCAGUAAAAAGAUUUCCGAUAACAUGAUGUGCGCUGGCUAUCACGACGGCAAAAAGGAUGCUUGUCAGGGUGACAGCGGUGGUCCAAUGCACAAGAUGGGCAAUGCCGGUAGCAUGGAAGUUGUCGGCGUCGUGUCCUGGGGCCGGGGCUGUGCCCGACCGAAUCUGCCCGGAAUCUACACCCGCAUCGUCCACUACCUGCCGUGGAUUCACGAAAGGCUGUCAGGCGAGUGCCUGUGCGUGCCGAAGGACACCGCUGCCGGGGCCAGUUAACCGACGGAAACUAGAGUUAGCUAAAAUGACACAUGCCACGAGGAAGUUAUUUAUUUAUUUAUUCUAGUCAGCCAAUUUAAAGGCAAAGGUUCACGGUGAGCUGAAGCUAGUGUUAUUGCCAAAUUUAUCCAUUACAUACAAGCAUACAGAACAGGGACGUGAGAAUAGAAGAUGCUAAAUGCCA